GGCAGAUAUAAACUACUCAAAAUGAAUAAUCAGCAGAAAUAUUUCGUUCUCUUUUGUACACUGUCUUUUGCAUUCUGUGAUGAGCCCCGUUUUAAAUCAAGAUUUGAGUAUGAUGAACAACUCUUGGAGAAAAUGAUUCGCAUGGAAUUUGAAUAUGCGCAGUGGGAAAAACGUAUAAAUGAAACUCUUGGGAAAAUUGAGAAGCAGAGAACUAGCAUUCAGACUGAUUUGGAAGUAUUGCGAAAUGACAGAGAGGAGUUUGACAAGCACGUUAACGAGAAGAUGCAGCAACUGUCUAAGCCGCAAAAUUCAACGGUUUUGUUCCGAGCGCGGAAAGUAGCUGAUUAUACUCUGUCAACGGGAAACCAGAUAAUUAUUUUCUCCGAAGUGCUCUUCAACGUCGGUGGAGGCUACAACUCUGCAACUGGAAAAUUUACAGCACCAGUCACGGGAACUUACCUUUUUACCGUCAGUCUGUGCCCGCGAAGUGGAAAGAGCAUAUUCUACAGAAUUGUGGUCAAGGAAAACGUGGUGGUGAACGGACAUUCGUUUAAUGUUUCAGGCUACCUUUGUGUUUCCGGGAACGCUAUCGUGCAGCUUGACGCCAAUGAUGUCGUCUACGUCAAAUCCGACUACUCGAGUGACGUCCUUUUGCAAAGUGGACUGCUUGGCGAUAACUCUGACGCAGAGUCGAAUUCAUUUUCAGGUGUCCUUUUACAUGGAAUUAAUUAAAAAAUAUAAUUAUCGUUUAUAAUUAUUGAUAAGCAGCACAAAGCAAGGAAUAGUGUGUUCUUUAGUCAGAUUUCUGAAAGGCGUUAUGUGUAGACCUCCGUCAUAAAAAUUCAUUUAUAUCUUGAUCCUAACAUUAUUACAUUAUUUGUGACAUUGUUUCUUCAUUCGAGAAGUGGUCUUUGAUUUUAAAUUUAAAGACGCACUCUUACUCUCAAAAAAUAUUUACCACAUUUAAUAGUAUUGUUUUAAUGUUCCAAAAAGGAUGAAUAAAUGUCUAAAACAAUGGUUCGUAUUAAUGAUACCGAGUUUAAUUUGGGCAAAAAAACAUGGAAUUUCUACCUUAUGAUACUAUA